AAAUAAGAGUAAAUUCAGUCUGCAAAGAAGAACUAUCUCUAUCUUCUAUCCCUCCUACUGAUCGUUCUAUUGCCAUAGAUCGUCUUUAUUUGCGGCUUUUAGCCAUUUUCAACCGGCUUAACGAACUGUCUCUCCGAGAUUUCCACGCAUAUACGACAGGCCAAACUCCUCCAGCUGAUUGCGAGGCUCCGGAUCCCUCCGAUUUCAGCCCAGUAGACCAAUGGCUGGCCCUAGCCUGUCGCCGCUUGGAUGCUGGUCUUCACAAAGUCGCCGCUCGGCGUGCCAAACAAGACCUAAUAGAUCUGGAAAUGGCUUGGCGCCAACUAGCAGGGGCGGCAAACAACCUGGCCAGCUCUGCAAUGGACCAACGUCGCCAUCUUUGUGUUCUAACUCGGCUUGGCCAACUGGCAGCGGAAGCCGACGUUGUUGAAGCUUGGUUGGCUGGGAUGAUGGCUAGCAUACCAAAUAAGAUGUCUAUUGAGAAACGGAUGGGCCAAGGAGAAGGUGGACGAAUACAUCAUCAGAAUGAACAAUUUGAUGAGAUGAAUCUGAAUAGACUUGUUGAUGAGAAAAGUGAAGAAAAAGAUUAUAAUGAUCUGAUUGAAGUGGCUGAAUUGCUGGAGACAGAAUCAGAAGAUAAUGAGGAUGAAGAUGAGGAAUUGGUUGAUAGAAAUGAGAUGAAUGGUGAAGAUGAGGACAAGUUUUUAGAUCCUUCAUCAGACUCCCAAUUUCUCUAUCGCAAGGCUGAUCAUUCAAGUCGUCGUUUACAUUCAAAUAAGAUUCACCUUCGUCUACAAGACCAACAAUGGUCGCAGGAGCCAAUAUGCCAGAGAGAUAAGAAGCAUGACUCAUACAUACAAAGGGGCAUACCGGAGGAGAAAGAUUGCGGUAGCGACGGUGGAAAAGGCAUGCCGGCAAAGGCGAUAGGUGGAAGAAAGAAGAGGUUUAAGUGGCUAUGGCAAGAUGGAUUG